AUGCAACCUCCAACGUACUCAAAAGAAUGGUUAUCUGCUUUGAAUCCUGAAUUGUUGUAUGGCCUUCGUAAACUGCAAACCCUGAGUUUACGUUCCAAUUCUCUGAGGACUAUUCCAGUCCGCCUGUUUUCAGAUUGUCGUAGUUUGGAUUUUUUGGAUCUGAGCACAAAUCGCUUGCGAAGUUUGGCGCGCAAUGGAUUUGCAGGAUUAACCAAACUAAGGGAGCUUCACCUAGAGCACAACCAGCUGACAAAGAUUAACUUUGCUCACUUCCUUCGGCUAAGCAACCUGCACAUGCUCUUCUUACAGGGGAAUAAAAUUAGCAACCUGACCUGCGGGAUGGAAUGGACCUGGAGCACUUUAGAAAAGCUAGAUUUGUCUGGAAAUGAUAUCAAAGCCAUCGAUACGACAGUUUUUGAAAUAAUGCCUAAUCUUAAAAUUCUCCUAAUGGAUAACAACAAACUAACCACUCUGGAGUCCAAGGUUUUAUAUUCACUUAAAACCCUAACGACUGUGGGUCUCUCCAGCAACCCCUGGGAAUGCAGCCCCAAAAUAUGUGCACUAGCUACAUGGCUCAGUGGCUUCCAAGGUCGGUGGGAAUACUCCAUCCUUUGUCAUACCCCAAACCAUACCCAGGGAGAGGAUAUUCUGGAUGCAGUUUAUGGUUUUCAGCUUUGCUGGAAUUUAUCAACUGUUGUUACACCCAUUGCUACAACUCACAGAGCUCCAACAACUGAAUAUACAAAGCGAAUAAGCUCCUCAAAUUUCCAUGUGGGAGAUAAAGAAAUUUCAACCACCACAGGCAUACCCUUUACCACAGAAGAGCAGAUGCCUGAACCAAACAAUGUCAUCUUCACCCAGCAGGUAAUUACAGGAACAAUGGCUUUAUUAUUUUCUUUCUUUUUUAUCAUUUUUGUAGUGUUCAUCUCCAGGAAGUGCUGUCCUCCCACAUUAAGAAAAAUUAGGCAGUGUUCAAUGAUUCAAAGCCACAGGCAACUACGAUCUCAAACACGGCUGCAUAUGUCAAAUAUGUCAGACCAAGGACCAUAUAAUGAAUAUGAACCUGCCCAUGAAGGACCUUUCAUCAUCAUUAAUGGCUAUGGACAAUGCAAAUGUCAGCAGUUACCCUAUAAAGAAUGUGAAGUGUAA